UCAGCACUUUUGUGCAUUGCCUUGGAACUCUUACAUGGUGCUAAGGUACUGAAUAUGUCGUGAAGCGAAGUAGCAAGUUACGAGCUGUGUGGCUGAAGACGUUUCGGUGGGUGAAAAUCAAUAGCAAUUCAAUCAACUUGACAUAAGCUUAAUCAACUAUGGAAGAGAAAACCGACUGGGCCAAGUUAUCGAAAAAGGAGCUACAGGAAAUGCUACGAAGGCAGGAAAAGUUAUUGGCCAACAAGUAAGCUUUUCCAAUUAUUGUCUACAAUCUACGUGCAGCUGGGAGUUCUUGAAAACAAAGGUCGACGCGUUCGGAUACAGACGUGUAAUUUGUACCCCCAUCCAUCUUCAUGUUACAUGUUCACAAAAAUAUCUUUAUUGCGCUUUGAAGAUGCACGAAACUGUCAAACAUAACUACAGAAUACAGGGCCGACUUUCUAGGUAUAUAUUCGUUGGGGUGGCUCAGCGGAUUGGCAGUCACUGGACCUCACUGACGAGCCAUUGAAAGUAUUAAAUUUCUUAAAUUGCAAAAAAUACAUUUCUUGAAAAAAUCCAAUAUGGCUGCUGGUCGCUGAAUGUAUACAUCCUUGGCAUUCAAAGGGUUAAGAUGCCAACCUCGACUGAUGAGCCACCUAGCUGCGGCUGAGCCACUAAAUCAUAUACCUUUCUCGUUCUUUAAGAUGCUAAGAAGAAGAAGGGUAACCUCGACUGGGGAGCCACCAAACCGCCUUAUCUCAUUCUUUAAGGCUCUAACCUCGACUGAUGAGCUAUCGAGCCACUGAGCUACUUAAAUACAGUCAAGUCCUGCUUUAUGGACACCCGCUCAAUACAGACACUUCUUUAUUACAGAUAGUUUGCCUUGUCCCUAGGGAAAGGAGCCUUUACAUUCUCUCUAAAUUCAGUCCACUUAAGGUCUCGGUAAAGGAAAACGAGGUGCCCACAGAAAAAAAAUUCUAGUCGCGCGAGUGUUUUCGCUACAAAGGCAAGUUAUAUAUCAAAUUAAAGCUAAAAGACUAAAUUACCUUAUAAAAGAUUUUAUUUCAUCGAAUUUCAAAAGGCGCUUAAGUUUUUUGUUCUUGAACUCAGAGGUAUCAAGUUUACUGCUGAAGCUCCAGCCCUUUGGCGUUGUUAAAUAUUCACUUCCUUUUUAUUGCAUCUGAUUGACAGAUAAAAGACCUAAAAAAGGGUGUGAGGAAAUUUCCGAUUUCCCUUUGUAACUCAUUUUAUGACAGUUUCUUUGCGUAAAUCACGCUCGAGAUUCGACUUUUUAGUUUGAAAUACAAUAAUCCCGCAUAUGCAAAUUUCCUCACACCAAGUGAAUAUUUAACAACGCGAAAGGGCUGGAGCUUCAGCAGUAAACUCGAUACCUCUGAGUUUGAGAGCAAAAAACUUAAGCGCCUUUUGAAAUUCGAUGAAAUAAAAUCUUUUACAAGGUAAUUUAUUCUUUUAGCUUUACCGGUAAUUUGAAAUAUAACUUGCCUUUGUAGCGAAAAUACUCGCACGACUAGAAUUUUUUUCUGUGGGCACCUCGUUUUCCUUUACCGAGACCUUAAUACAUAAUGUACGGACACCCUGUUAAUACAGAUAUUUUCUAUGGCCCCCCUCAGUGUCCAAAUUUAAUGGGUUUUACCUGUAUAUACCUUAAACUCUUUUUUUGAAAUUAUUUAUACUUAUAUAUGUCUUUCUUAUGUCUGUCUUACAUUUGUAUGUCUUAUAUCUUUCUCGUUCUAUAAACACUUGAACACUUGACUAGUGAGUGACUGAGCCACUUCUGCUGAAAACAUUCUGAUAUGGCCCUGUAUUCUGUAGUUGCUCCUAACUGUAAUUCUUAUUUUUCCAUUUUCAAGAAAAUUCUUACAAAGCCUUCCAGACCGAGGAAAAAAGGUUAUAGAGACAGUGGCAAAACUGAAAGAGUUAAUUGCUAGAAGGGAACAACUAGAAGACACUAUGGCACAGUUUGAGAGGAUGACAGUAUCACGACUUGUUCAGAAAACACAACUUGAAUUAUUGGACAGUGAUGACAGUGAUGAUGAUAUCUCAGAUACAAGAUAUGAUGGUGUUGUCAGCCCUUCUAAAGGCAACAUUGAUUCUUUAAUAAGUAAAAGAACAAGCGUAAACAAAGAAACUGGUAGCAAUCCCAAAACAACAACUCACAUUAGCAAAUCAGAAAGGAAACAUUCAAAUAUGAACUCCACUGGAAAAUGGGAUUAUGAAUCAUCAGCAACACCCCCACAGUACAAGUUACAGGUAGAAAAUCUAUGUGAAUUUGUUUUUUAUAGGGUUCUCAAUAAGAGCCAGUGGCGGCUGAAAUUCGGUGGCUAUUUCAUGUGAACUCGCCACCUACUUUUCUUUGGAAAUUAUCCCCCCAAAAGCCAAAGGUUAAUUCUGUGCAAAUACUCUAAUUUUCGCUCCAGAAUACUGGGAAUGCAAUCUAACAGGCCCAGAUUUCAAAAUUUUUCUAGUGGGCAUGUGCAUGCCCCUGGACCCCCUAGGAAAUUGCACUUUUGGUGCUCGCAAGUCACACCUGUGGCGCGAGUUUUUUCCUUCUCCGCCUUCUCCAAAGCCUUUGCCACCUUGACCUACUUAAAACCUCAUGGAAAACCCUGUUUUUAUAAAGAUAAAUGUGAGUGGAAUAUUCAUACAAUUGAUUUUAACCUAGGUUAAUAUCUGUUUCACUUACUUCUCAGUUGGGGGAACGUUGAUUUAGGGGAGGGGUGGGUGAGCUGUUUGCCAGAAUCUUUUAUACUGACCUGAAAUACCAUAUUUCCUGUUAUAUGGCACCUGGAUGCUUAAUAAAUACUUAGGAGGAGUGCUUAUUGGAAGGAGGGCACUUAAUCAAGUAGGGGGGUACUUAUUAAGUUAUCCUCCUGUUGAUAUUCAAUAUAGGAAAGGGAAAGGGGCACUUAUUCAAGAGAGGUGCUUGUUUGUUAUUUUGGCCGUGGGUCAGUUGCUUAUCAGCUAGAGGGAACUUAUCAAAGCAUGGGUGCUUAUUUGAGGGGAUAUAGUACGCAUAACAGUAAAGAAGAAUAGUUUCAUGAUACAACUAAAUUCUUUGCGAGUUCUACGUAAUAAAAUCAUUUUAUUGUGUUAUUGAGGAGUUAGUCACCAAUGACAGUACAGCUCAUAGACAAGCAUCCACAUUAAUGCGCUUCAAACUAGUUGGAGAGAAGUUUGUUAACGCGAGUCCGUUUACCUAACGUGCUUCAAAAUUGGGUUUGCAUCAGAACUGAUUAGUAUGUAUGAGCUAGAGUAUUGUUCCUGGUUUAUUGUUGUUGCAACAGCUGAAACAAAAGGCUUAACAAUGUCUAAAGGACUCUGUGAAUACUGACACAGGGUUUCGAUUCUAUACAGUAAUCCUUGCUUGACUUCACAAUAUGAAGUAGAACGAAAGACGAACGAACACAUAAACUUACUUGAAUACUGAGUUUUGAGUAAUCUUCUAACUUCUCUCACGUCAGAAAAAACUUUCUACUCUGUAAAAUAACAAACCACUCAGCUAACGUAACGCACAGAAAGAACUGUUUAAUAUGAAUUAAUUGGAGAUUGUAGGUGGGAGUUUUGUGCUCCCUGUUUAAACUCAGAAUGUUGCUCUAAAAUGUUUUGCUAUUGAUGAGACAGGAAUAUCAAGAGCACAAUGUUUAACAUUGACUUUUCUUCUCAGAAAGCAAAACCUCUUUCCUUGGAUGAAUCCUCCAAGCUUUUACAAGAUCAAGAGAAGAAACAUAAGGUGGGUCAUAUUAUUUCUCAAUUUUUUUUUCCAUGGGUAUAUAAAGGGAAGGUGAAAGUCAUUAAUAAUUGUAUAAUAUAAACUCAAGAGAUAAUGAGGAAAGUCAAACUUUGAAGAUCUAGAAUCUAGAGAUGCUAGCAUUUCUUUCACGGACAUCCCUACCCCAACACCACCCGAAUAAAAAAAGAAUGAAUAGUUUUGUUGUAUUGCCGAGGUACCAGACAGGUGAGAUUGGAUGUCAGCAUGUUAAGACACGCUAUGCAUCCUCUUUGGCCCAUCUUUGAUCUCACUUCUCCUCUGGUCGGAUUAGGCCAUGACACCAGGGCCUUUGUAUAGUGGCGGAUCAAGGGGAGGGGCACGGGGGGCCAGGCCCCGCUUUAUUUUUAGACCAAACUGAGGCCCAAAAGGCUGAAAUAAUUUUUUUUGAGACCGUCCCCCCCCCUUUAUCUCAGAGUCUGGAUAACUAGGUUCCCCACUGAUGUACCCCACUCUUUCUGAACAAUGUCACUAGUUGUUUUAUGUCCCCUUCCAACUGGUUUGUUAGGGUGAAGGAGACAAGGCCAAGCGUUAACUUUACUACCCAAUAAUGCAAUCAUAUGAGCUGAGAAUAGGUUUUGACCACAGCUUGCAUGAUCUCACCAGGUUUUUUUAAGAUCUUGGUUGGUGGUCCAGCUGAGGUUUAAACUCAUAGCCUCCCAUUCAGUAGACCCGCACUCUGCUAACUUAGCUAACCACCAAAAAAUCUACAGCAAGAAAAAUCUGGGGAAACUGGGCUUCUUUUGUCAUGAAUAGUAAUUAUAAUUUUUGAUUGAGAUUAAUAACUAGAGGUAUAAAGCAGUCUGGGUGAAAGAUGCUUCUCAAACUCAUUAAUAAUUCGUUAAGAAAAUACAAAGGAAAUUAAUGUUUAAUGAGUGUUUGGAAAUCGGAUGAAACACUGCUUAGUAUUUGCAUCCCUAAUUUCUCCUUCAAAAAUGAUUUUGUUUGAGAAGAAAUAUCAAACAUUCGACACAGUGUUUCAUCACCAGAUGAAACACAGAUGAAACACUGCAUCUCAUGUUUGAUAUAUUACAUGAAAAUGCAGUUGGCUUAAGGUGCCUAGACUCAUCCUCUUGAAAGCCACCGGAAAUCAUCCUUCUCACCCAAAACACUCACCUUGUCACUCCUUCCACCAGCGCUCUUCCUUUUUUUAAUUUAAUUUCUCGCAAAGCGAGUUUAUAAUUUUGUCGCGCCCACAGUGCGUGGAUUGUGCAAGGAUUGCAAGUGGAGUGCUCUGGUCAUAAAUCUUUCUAUCAGUCUGGUAUCCGGAGUUUUCUAGCAACAAUGUCGCGACUAAGCUCCAAUUGACGUCAUUCAGUCUAACUUCAUGUCUAGGUGCAUUUUUAGGUCCCCAGGCAACACUUAAAUGGCGGCUUGUAAUUCAGCGUGAACAAUGAAGAAAAACAUGACAACAAAAAACCGUAGAGAUGAAAGGCGGUUAUGGUUAUUUAUUCUCUGUGAAAAAAACAAAAAUGUUUACUGUUGCUGAAUGGUAACCGAAUUGUAGCUGUACAAUACCGACAGCAAGAGACUUUGCAACGGUCUUGUGAGACACUUUUAAAAUAUCGCUUUGUCGGCCAUAUGUUCUUAAAAUGCAACGUAAUGAGUUGAAGUACGGCUUUUUACCGUCAAAACCCUGCUUAUUUUCCUCGAAUAUACAAAUGCAUUUUUGAAUUCUUGACAAAUACAGCUCUACCAGCUUCAAAUAGUGUCUAUCGGCAGAAUUUCAUGGGCAAAAACGCUAAACAUAAUUAAUUUAAGAUUUGCGUGUAACACUUGGUUUCGUUGUGCAACAUGUUAAUGGUCCGGGUUCGACUUUCGCGGAAGGAAACGUUCUUUUCUUUUCUUUUGGUCGUUUUGAUUUUGUUUUCUUUCUUUUUUUGAACAUAUUUUACCUUUUGGCUGAUUUCAGUUUAUUCAUAUUGCUUCCCCUCAUCACAGCUUUGCGAGGUGUUACAAUAAACUUAGUUCUAGUUAUGAUUCAUCUGUGCCAGGCAAUAGGAUAGAUUCUUGAUUUUACAAUGUGCUCUAGCUUCAAACUGAAAUUUAUUUGUCUAAAAAAACCUCCCCCUCUGGCCUGGGCUAUCCACCAUCGCUGACUAAGACAGCAGGCUCCCUCUAAGACACUCUUACCUGCAGGCUACGGGGUUGACACAAAUUCCAUUUGCAGGAACUUCAAGCGCAGCAUGCAACUCUCAAGUUAAAAGAGCAAGGUUUCCUUGGUGUUACAGACAGCCACAGUCCUUUUCAAACUGUACAGAACCCUCUGCGGUAUCCUUUUUUAUUAUAUGGCUGGUUCAGUGAGUGGGCAUGAUGAAGUAAAUGCAGCACUCUGAUUGGCUAUCGUAGAUGGCAAAACUGGCCUAUGUUGUGCACCUGGGAUUUCGGGUCGACCUGCACUGAUUCCAGACAAGGUUUGUGAUUGGCUGGGAAAACAACAGGGAUGGUGACAUAACAAUGGCCCUAUCCCUGAAAACAAUAGGUAGUACAGGUUAUAGGGACCAAUGAAAUAACAGGUUUGGAUGGGUGCUGGUCAGUAGGGGAUUUCUGCCUUGUCCCACAAGAACAGAUUUUGUUUCGGCUAUAUCAUAAAUCCUAGUAACAAACUUGUGCCAAAACUUUGACAGUUUUGAGGAGUACUUUCAAGACAGUGAAAAUAAAAUGAUAACCACCUCACGAGCAUUGUGAUGGGGUGAAAGGUUUGUAAAGGGCACAUAGCUUUGAGGUGAAGUUUUAGCCGAUGGAAGCAUAGAGAUUUCAUUAGUUGAAGUAUAUUAAAGGUAGGGAAAUUUGUCAUUUUAGCCUGUAAAAGGGCCAAAAAGGGCUUACAGAGGCAUUUUAUGGAUGUGGAAGAGAUAAGAACUCUUGCUAGUUUAGUGACUCACACUUUAUUAAAAAGACGGUGCAUUUUAAAGCAACUCAGGCACACAGAUGUUGACAGUCUAUCAUUGAUCCAAUUUUCUUGUGCCUGUAUUAGAUCAGUCCUUGAGCAUGCUUGUCAAUCAUUUCGUCAUCUACCUGCACAUUUAUCGAAUCAAAUGGAGCAGAUCAUUCAGAAUUAUCCUAAGCAUACAUAUAGGGGAGCGCUAGUUUUAUUAGGCUUGACAACCUUUUUCGUCAGGCAAGAACAGUUUUGUAAUAAUCUAUUUAAUCAAAUAGUAGGGAGUGAGGGGCAACACAAGCUCUUUUGCUGCCUCUCUUUAACACAAGCUCUAAUUAUAGCACCAGGUUCAAAAAAGUAUUUCAUGUACCUAGGUGCAGUACAAACAAGUAUGUAAACUCGUUUUUUAUUCAUCUUCUAGGGUAAGCAGUAGUCUGUAAAAAAUAUUAUUUUUUUUAGAUCUUUUUAGGUAAUAGUGAUCAUCUUACUAUUCUCAUAAUAAUAAUGAUAAUAAUAAUAAUAAUAAUAAUAAUAAUAAUAAGUAUUAUAAAACUGGUACAAAAUUAAAUAUACAGAACAAAACAAAAAUAAUAAUCAUCAGCUCAUUCUCUCUUGUAAUAAGAAUAAGAAUAAUCAUAACAAUCGCAACAAUUUAAAAAAAAUGUACAUAAUUGACAGAAAUAUUUGAAGUAAGAAUUAAGCACUAUCUAACAUUAAUAAUUAUAUAAAUCAUAAAAAAUACAAUCACUGUGUCAGUGACUCUUGUAGGCGGUCCAGAGUUUUAAAUUAAGUCAUUACAAAAGAGAAUCAUCCGUCUCUGAUAUUAAAAAGAAACAAGUUAAAAAGAAUAAAA